ACGUCUAUUAAUGUCAAAUGUCAAUCUAUAUAAAGAUAUUUAUCAUUAUAAUAUAUGAGUUACAUCUGUUAAGGUAAUUCGUGCUAAUUAUAUUGAUUUAGGAAUAUAAAAUUAUUUCCUAAGAAUGAACGUCAAUAAUAAAUAUAGAUACGUAAAACAAAAUGUUCUACCUACAGUAACACCUUCUAAAGUUUUAAUAAAUCCGAAUUUUAAUAAAACAGUUUUUGUCAAUCCAAAUUUUCGACCAGGUACAACCACAUACCCAAUACCUGGGAAGAUUCAUGUAAAUCCCAACGUAACGAUUAAUUUACCUAAAGAUAGGGGAAAUAUUCAUGUAAAUCCUAAAGUACUACAAAAUUUAUCAAUUACAAAACAAGAAUUUAUAAAACAACCGUUAACUUAUUCUUCUAAAACAAAAUUAGUAAGGAAACCGUUAAAAGAACGAUAUACAGAGGUACCCAAAAGAGUGAGACGAACUUCUGUGUAUUCAAAAUUCAAAAUAAUCAAAUCUUCCGUUUUAAAUAAAUCCGGUGAGAAGAAUCGAUUAUUAUUCAACAGCAAGUAUAAAUUGAAGCGAAUUAGUGCUAAUAAGACUGAUAAAACGUUUAAAUCGAAAACUAGAUUUAAAUUGGAUAACAGGAGAUUUUCUGGCGGUUCAAAAUUCGUAUUUAUCAAUAGAUAUAUUGAUAUUAGCGAUAUAGCGAAGAAAGUACCAUUGAGAGCGAAGAAUAUAGUAAAUAUAGGGGGUAAUCUUUAUAUAACGACACCUAACAGGUUACAGAAAACCGCAUCGGCUCAAAAAAACAAGAAGAAUAGUUUCAAUAAACAAGAAAAAGUUUUGAAGAAGAAUAAAUAUAAAAUCGUGAGAUUAUCGCAGGUUAAAUACAGUUCGGAAAAGAGAAAAAGUGGAAACAAAGUGGUAUCAAGAUAUUCCAGUAGUAAGAAACAAAUUUCCGGCGAAAAAUUGAGGAAAUGUAAUAUUCCAUGUCCUUAUUACCGAAAAUUAGGUAAAUGCAAAGGAUACGAACAAGGAAAAUGUCCUAGAAAACAUGAUCCCGAUCAAAUAGCCUUAUGUACAAAGUUCCUUCAGGGUGCAUGUAUAGAUUCGAAAUGUCUUUUAUCGCAUAAUGUAUCCCCAGAAAAAAUGCCGACUUGCAAAUAUUAUUUGGAAGGAUCCUGUUCUAAGGACAUCUGCCCUUAUCUACACGUCAGGAUAAAUCCCAAAGCGGAUAUUUGCAGGGAUUUUUUGGAAGGAUUUUGCAAAAAAGCUGCCGAGUGUGACAAACGUCACCAGUUCUUAUGUCCGGAUUACGAGAAAAAGGGCGUUUGCCAGAAACCUAGGUGUUGUUACCCGCACGGUAGGUUGGUAAGAAAAUAUUCAGUUUUCAAUAAAGACAAAUUUGCCAAGAAAUCUUCUGUAAAUAAUAAAGAAAACACGUUGGCUGAAGAACGAGUCUCGAUCGAAAAUAAACGUGAAGAAAACGCGGCUAAAGAAUCGACUCGGUAUUAUUCGGAAACGAAUAUUGAAAAUUUUUCAAAAUCCGAACAGAAAGUUUUGAAGUUUAGACAGAAAUUGGGGGAUUUACCUGCUUUUAUAUCUUUCGAAGAUACGUAACGAACAUUUCUUGGCAAUAUUUUUAUUUUUUUCUUUUAGAAUAUUUAUUAUGGAAAAAAAUAUUAAUAAAAAUAUUUUUUUUAACUUAAAAAG